AUGGCUACCCCCAGUGUCCUUACCUUUGAUGCUAAGGGUCGUGCUGUUGACUUUGAGGUCUUGGUCGAUGACCUCCAGCUGUUCCUACAGUGCGAUAGGGCAGACAGACUCUCUCUGUUCGAUCUCACCUCUGGUGUCUCUCCUGCCCCGCCUGCUACUGCUGACAGCACUGUUCGCUCACAGUGGGCCACACGCGAUGCUGCUGCCCGCCUUGCUGUGCGUCGCCACUUACCGACCACUGAUCGUGCGCACUUUAGUCAGUACAAGAGUGCUAAGACCUUGGACCACUUCCUCUCAGUUUGCCCCACCACACUCACCGUUGACCUCCUCGAGGAGCGCCUCCUAGCAGCAGAGAAGAGCAUAGUCGCUAUAGGAGCCUCUCGUGGUGACCCUCGCACCCCCGUCUUUGAGGGGUGUUCACCCUCCCCCCUCUUGCCCUCUGUUGCUUCUGCUGUUGCGGUCAACCUCGUUGGUUUCGAGUCGGUCGGCGCUGCGUCUGCCCCUAGCGGGAGAUGCCGCACCGGCAAGGGCAAGGGGGGCAAGGGCGCUGGAGGGGCUGGCGAGGGCAAUGGAGGUGGUGGUGGAAGCAGUGGAGGGGGUGGGGGUGGUGGUGGGAGUGGUGGCGGGGUGGAGGUGUCGGUGGCAGUAGUGGAGGCGGCGGAGGCGGCGGCGGUGGCGGAGGGAGCGGAGGCGGCGGAGGUGGCGGAGGCGGCGGAGGUGGCGGAGGCGGCGGAGGUGGCGGAGGCGGCGGAGGUGGCGGAGGCGGCGGCGGCAGCGGUGGAGCUGGUCGUGGCUCUACGCAGAGGAGUGGCUCCGGUGGUGCGUGGUGGGGGUACUGGUCCCUGCACCUACGUCCUCCGUACCGGCGACCGCUCUGGUGAGCAGUGCGGGGGCCCGCACUCCACCCAGCACUGCUUCGGCCGCCUGACGGACGCGUGGCGUCACCAGUUCCCUGAGGCCUCAAAGAACCCUCGCCGGGGAGAGUUGUCUAGGGCGGGGUUUGCUAUCUUUGAUCUUGAUUAUGAUGCUAUUCUUGCUGCCAUGUAUGCUGUGUCUGAUAGUGAUGAGGGUGACUGUUACCUGUGUGUUCCGCCUGACCCGGGCAUUGAGGUUGCUGCUCUAGGUGCUAGUGCAUCUGCUGCCCCAUGUGCUGGUGAGUCUGCUCUCUCAGGUACUACGUCACAGGCCUUACACACCUUCACCCUUGACUCGGGUGCUUCCCGCUCCUUUUUUCGAGACCGCACCACGCUUACGCCACUUAGUCGGCCGGUUGAAGUCUCCCUGGCAAACCCCUCUGGGGGUCCUGUCCUUGCUAGCUUCUCCACUGUCUUACCAUGCCCAGCAGCCCCCUCUGGCACCCUGUCCCGUCUCUACCUCCCCUCGUUCUCUACGAACUUGGUGAGUGGAGUUGACCUACAGGAUAGGGGGGUUGACCAGUUCACUCCUGCGGGUCAGCGGGUGACCCACUGCACGUGUGCUCGGACAGGCCGACACUUGGCCACGUUCACCCGUCGGCCGGGGUCGAGCCUGUACACACUUACUACUAAGUCUCCUCCGGCUGCUGAGUCUGGUCAGGUAGCUCCGUCGAGUCAGGUGUUUGCUGCAGCGUCCAGGUCUGGUCCUGAGUCUGCUCCCUGCUCGUGUCGUCUCCUGUCCCACAAGACUCUCCUUUGGCACCACCGCCUUGGUCACCCCUCCCUGCCUCGUCUCCGAGGCAUUGCCUCCCGUGUCCUUGUCUCUGGUCUCCCCCGGUCCCUCCCUCCACUACCUCCGGGGCCUGCCCCUUCCUGCGUCCCCUGCGUCGAGGGGCGACAGCGCGCCGCCCCUCACUCCUCCGAGUUUCCUCCGACAGAGGCUCCGCUGCAGACUCUUCACAUGGACGUGUGGGGCCCCGCCUGCGUCCGUGGCCAGGGGCACGAGCAUUACUUCCUGUUGGUGGUUGACGACUACUCGCGUUACAGCACAGUCUUCCCCUUGCGCAGCAAGGGCGACGUCACUGAGGUGUUGAUCGACUGGAUCCGCGCAGCUCGUCUCCAGCUCAAAGAGAGUUUCGGCUCGGACUUUCCUGUUCUGUGUCUGCACUCUGACAGAGGUGGGGAGUUUUCCUCUGCCCAUCUGGGAGCCUUCUGUCGAGCACAGGGCAUCCGCCAGACCUUCACGCUUCCGGCCUCUCCACAGCAAAAUGGGAUUGCUGAGCGCCGCAUUGGCAUGGUCAUGGACGUCGCUCGUACGUCCAUGAUCCAUGCGGCUGGCCCCCAUUUUCUAUGGCCGUUUGCGGUUCAGUACGCAGCGCAUCAGCUCAACCUCCACCCCCGGGUCUCCUUGCCAGAGACCUCCCCCACUCUGCGGUGGACGGGGAAGGUUGGCGAUGCGUCUGCGUUUCGGGUCUGGGGAUCUCGGGCGUUUGUUCGCGACUUGUCUGCGGACAAGCUGUCCCCCCGUGCUGUUCCCUGUGUCUUCCUUGGCUUCCCCCCUGACGCGCCUGGGUCCUCCCCCGGUAGACCCCUUGCCCCUCAAGGUCCUGCCGCGUCACCUGUGUCCCAAGUAGACGCAGUCGAGCCUGUCGAGCCUGGGGGUGCUGAGUCUGGGGGUGCUGAGUCUGGGGGUGCUGAGCCUGGGGGUGCAAGGUCUGGGGGUGUUGAGCCUGGGGGUGCUGAGCCUCGGGGUGCUGAGCCUGAGGGUGCGGAGCCUGGGGGUGCUGGGUCUGCUCGUGUAGCCUCUCGCGGUGCUUCGUCGAGGCGGGAGCUACUCUCUUCGCAGGAUUGCGCGAGUGGUUUGCCCGGCGCUGGAGUGGUGCUACUGGAGUUGGAGGUACUACUGUUGCUGCUGGUCCCAGAGGUGCUCGUACUGGCGGUACUGGAGCUGCUGGGGCUGGGGGUGCUACUGGGGCUGCUGGAGUUAGUCCUGCUGGAGGUACUGCUGGAGGUGCUGGCGGUACUGGAGCUGCCGGUCCUACUGGAGUUGGUGCUGCAGGAGCUACUAGAGCUACUGGAGCUGGAGCUGCUGGGGGUGUUGGUGCUGGUGGUUCUGCUGGCGCUGGUGCGUUUGAGGGUGCUGGAGUUGGCGCUCUUGGAGCUGGAGGUGCUGCUGGCGCCGGUGCUGCCGCUGGUGUCGCGGUCACAGUCACAGCCCGCCUCCCCCCUGCCUGCUCCUUCUCCCUACACUGGUCCUACUGGAGGUCUUGCUGAGCGUCGUGAGCCUGAGUCGCCUGCUCGUACUGCUCGCACUAGUCGUCGUGCUCUGCGUCCGCGUCCUCCUGCGGUCCCAGGCACACACCAGAUGGCACUGCGUCCUUCCACUGCUCCUCUGCGUGUCCCGUUGCCGUCUCCUCCAGAGUCCUCUCUUCCUGUCCUUGCUGACCCGGAGUCUGACUCUCUUCGUGCUGCCAGUCCUACUGUCACGCGUUUCCUGGCCACUGUUGUCACUGACCCUUCCUUUGAGUCCACUGCUGCGUUGACCCUAGUUGCUGAGCUUGUCGACUUUGCUGCUCGCUGUCGUCUAGACUACGCUGCUAGUCUUGUUGCUGAGUCUGAGUCUGUCUAUCCUUUGUCCGUUGGGGGUGAGUGUGCUCUUAGCACGGACGUCCUUGAGGACAGGCAGGAGGAGUUCCAGUAUUUUGCUGCUGCAUUGCCUCAUCUCGUGUCCACGCUGAUUGCCCCUGAGGGAGACCCGGAUGCACCAGACAUCCCGACUCCUCGAUCGUACGCAGAGGCGAUCGAGGAUCCCUACUCCUCACAGUGGCAGUCAGCCAUGGACGCAGAGAUGGCAUCCUGGAAGUCCACAGGCACCUAUGUCGACGAGGUUCCCCCACCUGGGGCGAACAUCGUCAGUGGCAUUCAGCGGCAGGGAGUUGACUACUUUCAGACCUUCUCUCCCACCCCGAAGAUGACCACUCUUCGGGUGCUGCUGCACAUAGCCGCUCACCGCGACUACGAGCUUCACUCUCUUGACUUCAGCACAGCUUUCCUGCACGGCAGCCUGCACGAGGAGAUCUGGCUGCGCCGCCCACCUGGCUUCACUGGGUCGUUUCCUCCUGGUACCCAGUGGAGCCUCUAG